AUGUCUUUCGGACGACCUCCUUCGAUAAACAUAGGUUUCAAGCCUACGGCACCCGACCGCGGAUCAUUCCCUCUCGACCACUAUGGCGAGUGCAAGGAAAAGAUGGUCAAGUACAUGGCCUGUCUCAAGGAGAAUAGCAGCACCUCCACCCCAUGUCGAGCUUUGAGCAAGGGGUACCUUGACUGCCGGAUGGAAAAAGGUUUGAUGGAGCGAGACGAGUGGAAGAACCUUGGUCUGAAUAACGUCGACGGAAAAUCGAGUGGUGCUAACAAAGACAGUAGCCCACCUCCUAGCGACAGCCCACCAUCCAAGAAGUAG